AUGUUGAAUACCUGUUUAUGUGAUGACAAAAGUGUCUGCAAUUUGAUCAAAUCGAUGUGCAAACAAUUCAAAGAAGAGAGCCAAACUCCAAACAGUAGCGUAGCAGCUUCCACUUUGAAGAACAAAUUGGAAAGGAUAAAGUCUGAGAGGCAGGUGCAGAGAAAUCUGAAAGAAAUGCGUAUACGCAAGAAUAUUCUUCCUCAAAUGAUUAAAAAGAAACACUACACAGAGAUGAUGAAUUAA